CACAACGCACGCACGCACGCACGCACGCACGCACGCAGAUCUUGUGCAGAAAGAAACCAUCCACACAGAUCGUCCAGAUGGAGAAUAAAAUCCCGGACUUCUCUGGAAAAUGGAAAAUGAAGUCGUCGGAAAGUUUUGAGGAGCUCUUGAAAGCGCUGGGUGUGAAUGUAUUUGUGAGGAAAAUAGCUGGGGCGGCAGCCGCCAGUCCUGCAGUGGAAAUCACCCAGGAGGGGGAGAGUCUGUCCAUCAAAACAUCCACCAGCAUCCGCACAACCCAUGUCUCCUUCACUGUGGGUCAGUCUUUCAAUGAGACCACAGUAGAUGGACGACCCUGCACGAGUUUUCCGACCUGGGAAUCGGAGAGCAAGAUCAGUUGUGCGCAGACUCUACAGAAAGGCGAGGGACCCAAGACAGCCUGGACUCGAGAGCUGACUAAUGAUGGCGAGCUAAUAUUGACAAUGACAGCAGGGGAUGUUGUCUGCACCAGAGUUUAUGAAAGGGAAUGAGGACGUGACGAGGCUGUCAUACAAUACUCCCCCUUUGUGCCUCGGACAUGCGUCACGGUUCCUCAUCUUGCUCUUCCCUUUGUCUUCUGAGUGAGGCCAAUUUAGUUCCACCUGCAGAAAAUGAUUCCAUCGACCUAAUGUGUUAAUCACUUCGGUAAUCACUUAGAAAUUUGCUUGGGUUCUUCGUUCCCCCUGGUUCCAAAUUAUUAGCCACGCAAAGUGGGGAUGGGCAUUUCAUGAAUCUUUUCAAAUUUGUCUAUUUCCUUGAUCUGCUAUGGGGACACUUAACAAUCAAUUAAUUAUUAAAUAUUAUUUUAUUGAUAUGGGGAAAUCUCAGCAUGUGGAAGCUGUUAUAGCAAAGGUGGUUAUAGCUCCAUUUUUUUUUUUUUUUUUUAUCAAUUGUUAUUUCCAGUUAAGGCUGGUGUCCAAUGUGCAGGAGUUACUUUUUGUAUCACCAAACCUGAAUGGAGUGUUGAUGUAUCAAACAAAAAGAUGACACAUUUAUUUUCAAAACCAUUGUCAAUGUUUUUAUUAUAUAGACGUGAUCCAUUAUGCUUUUUUUUUUUUUUCAAAUAUAACACAGUGAUCAAAAUCCUAUUUUGAAAUGGCCAAGUCAGAACACCGACUGACAACCAAUUCAAAACUGUGUUGUGAUCUGAAGUUGUGCACAGCAACUGCCCUUGGCAAAUUUGGAGCGCCAAGUCAAGAUCCGCCAUAUUGAUAGUCAUACCUAUAAAGAAAUGUACAAAGUAUUAUACAUUUUUAUUUGCAGCGUAUUGGUCAUUUUUAUGUUUUUCAAUUACUGUAUGUAUUUUGAGGUGAGGGAAGAACUGCUUCACUGAAUGGGUUCCAGUAGUCUCACUUCUACUAGUCUAACAUUGAGGUUUUCUUUUCUUUUUCUUUUUUUUUUUUUGCCCUUUAAGCUUAGGUCCACCACAUUACGAUUGCUAGUGGCAUUGCAUAUCACUCCAUUUAUAAAUGCCUGGAAUGCAACAAUUACCACUGUACCAACCACGCAGACCCCGUUGGCUACCAUUAUGACUGACAGCGACUCUUAAGCGAGUUGUGCGAAAAUUACAACUCAUAUAUUGUACUUCUACCACUACUACUAGUAUAGCAAUCAUUGUUGACAAUUGGCUCCCUUAAAGGUAAAAAGGCACUACUGUUAGGUCCAAGCAUAAUAGGUGUAAUUUAUGGGGUGGGGGUGUCAGGGGGGACAUGCCCCCUCCACUUUUUCAUUUUUUUUGCUGUCCAAAAACAACGUAACACAAUACAAGUAGUCUCAAUUUGCUCAAUUUCCAACCGAUUUGCACAAGGUUGACUUUUUUUGUCAAUGCCAAAGCAUGUGCUAUCCAUACAGAUUUAAUAUAUAUUUGUUUCUUUUUCUUUUUAAAUUCAAACAUUUAAUUUAAACGGUGAAAGGGUCUUCCCACUUCUCUUGUGGUGAUUGUACAGCAUUGCCGUUGCAGGCGACCCGUAUGCAGCACAAUGUGCUUGCACCCGUGUUCUUUUGGCUAUCUUGCCGUCCACACACAUGGAACGUGCUGAUGACUUUAUCCUCCCCUAGCUUAGCGUCCGUAUCUCAGAAGGGGCUCGUCGUACCUACCUAUUCCUAUCUGUGCGUUAGGUGAUCAAUUUUCCCCGCCGGCCAAGACCAGUGCACGGUGCAAUGAGUCUCGAUGAAGCAGUCCUCCAAAGUCUUGCCUUUAUGCAAGACCACAAUGGAAUUGAAAUCAACAUGUGAUUGAAGUGUAGACCUUCAGCUUUAAUUACAUUUUUUUUUACACACACACAAAACAAAAUGCCAUUUAGUAUUUACAGCCAUUUUAUGCCGAAAGUCUCAAUUUUAAGAGGCUCAAAAUAUAUUUCAAUAUAUCCAGUUCAUGGAUACCAUGCUGAGAUAAAUACUAUAUACUCAAUGACCUCAAUGAGUGAACGAGCGAGUCCUCAUUACGAAUGUAUGCAAGUUCUCUCAUCACUUUUAUGUAUCAAGCUGAAGGUUUUCAAUGGCCUCGUUGAACCACGCACACAUCGUUGGGUGAGGGGGGAAAAAAAACACAGACAUUUUACUGCACUGGAAAGUUCUCUGCUUUUUUCUCUAUUAAAAAAAAUUGGCAGGCACAUACUGAAUCUACCUAAAUGACGCCCCUUGACGAAAAGUUGUUAUCCUCGGAAGAGAAUUCGAAACCAUUCCAUCCUUCUUUGUUAACCGGGUCAUUUUCCACACAGAACCGUGGUGCCAGUUCAUUCCUCCAGCAGUGAUGUAAUGGGGCCUUGUGUGUAGCACAAUCAGCUUUGGAAUACUGCGGUUUUAGAGCCUAGAGACACCGGAGGCUGACUUUUGAUUUGGGGCCAUCUGAAACAAUCAUGGGUAUUACAGGAGAGUUCCAGGAGUCUGCUGACUAACAUAUCAGCACAAGAUGCUGUCGAAGCAGCCAACAAAAAAGGUCCCAUUCCCCCUUAGCAGCUCUAACUACUUCCACUCAGUGUGUCAGUGGGAUUUUCUUUGUCCAUUCAUCUGGAAGAAUAUUUGUGACAUCACUGAUGUUGAAAGACAGGAGAUGGCUCACAAUCUCCGUUCUACUUCAUUCAAAGAUGUUUGAUGGUUUGGAGGUAUAACCAAACUCAUGUAAUUGUGCUUUAAAGAGCCUUGCAUAAUGCACUUGGGUGCAGUCAUGCUGAGUGGGGAACAUGAUUUUUUUUCAAAUGCUGAAUAAAAGGUUCUGAUUGAA